AUGCAGAUCGACCUUGAUUCAUUGCUAUGGAUUGAAAACCAAUUUUAUCAUGACGGAUAUCAACAAGGCUUCCGUGAUGGUAUCGUUCGUGCACGUAUAGAAGGUCGUAUUGAAGGGAUCGAAAAAGGUUACAAUACAAUGUUUCAUAUUGGCCGGAUUUAUGGUAGAUCAGAUAUUUGGAAAUGGACUAUUUGCAACCAACCACGAAUAAUUCAACAACUUUUACAACUUGAAGAACGCCUAAACAAACUUAUAUCGAUACAAACAAGUUCACCAAUAUUAUUUAAAUCGCUUUGGAACAAAUCUAAAGCGAAAUUUAAAACAAUUGCACAUCUUAUGAAUGAAGAAAGUCUAAUCGAAACGUCAGACACAGAAGAUAUGGAAAAUACGCCUUUUAUCAAUGAUCAUAAUGCUUAA